UUGUCUGCGUUCUGUCUGUAAAAAGAAACAGCUGGCUUUUUAGCUAAGUCCAGGAAACGUGCGCAGUUGCUACCAGUAGCGGUAAGAACUGGAUGUGUUUUUGCACUGAGCGCAUAGAAUUGACCAUGCUGAAAAUAACAUGCUGACAUUAGCCGCGCUCUAGAAGCGGGUCUGUCACGGAACCGGUCGGUGACUGACAUGGACCAUAGCGACAACAAGGAUGUGAAGCUGUCCGCUGAGGUGGAGCCUUUCAUCCCGCAGAGGAAAGGAGGAGAUGUCGCCCCGGUGACCAUGAACUGGUCCAGAGAGGGGGGAGGGGCAGGAGCAGAGGCCACUCCCAUCCCAAGCUACCUCAUUACCUGCUUCCCCUUUGUCCAGGAAAACCAGCCUAACAGCAGGUACUCUCUGUGCACUGGGGAUCCUCGCUGGCAGCAGCCCAGCUCUGGUCCUGGGGGACCGUACCUGGCCUACCCCCUCCUGACCUCCCCCCAGGCCCCCGUGUCCAGUGACUAUGCCUAUUACCAGCUACUGCCAACCCCCUGCUCGCCCAUGAUGGGGUUCUACCCCCCCUUCUCCACGCCCUAUGGAGGACCCCUGCAGACGGGCGUGGUCAGCCCCAUGCCGGCUGACUGCAGCGACCGCCCUCUGCCCCCCGGACAGGAAUUCAGUGUAGCCUGUCAGAGAGGGAGAGGCACCCUACAGACUCCUGUGCUACCCAUGCAGUUCUCUCAGCCAAUGAGAGCCAAGAGACCGCCCAUGAGGAGUGUGGCGGUUCAGAAAGAGACUGCAGUGUCGGGCCCAGGCAGCAGGUCAAAGACGGUCCUUCUGGUGGACGCCACUCAGCAGACCGAUUUCCCGGCGGAGGUUGCCGGGGCGACCCUGUCGGAGAGGGCCAGCCCGCUGCUGUGGAAGAGCCGGGUGCGGCGGAGGCGGGCGUCUCCCCAGGUGACUGAGUCGUCCAGCGAGCACGCUGCCAACGAAGCAGACAUCGACAGCGACAGCGGAUACUGCAGCCCCAAACACAACCAAACAAGAUUGGGCCUCCGCCCCCCUGACCCCGCCUCUACUACAGGAGUUGAAGCAGGCGUAAUGACCGCCUUGAGCUGGGUGAACAUGGCCUCACAGAAGCCUUGGAUGAAUCGGAAGGCCGCCUUUCUCCGAGCUGGAAGCGCACCUGAGCCAAGAAGCUAUGCCCAGCUGGACCUGCAGGCAGGACACCACGGGCGUGGCAGCAGCAUCAGUGUAGCUGCAGAGAGGGGGUAUGGCCUACAGAACAGGCUCCAGGACGGAGGGGUGCAGACUGCACGCACUCACACUGGGAUGACCACGGAGCCCCUAUAUUUUGAGGAUGAAGAUGAGUUUCCUCAGCUGGUCUCUACAGGAGCUCCUGUCUUGAGUAAACCAGAGGAAGCCCAGCCAAAAAUCACUAAAAAUGGGCUGGACAACCUUCCGGAGAGCUCGCCCAUCAGCAUUGUGCAGACACCCAUCCCCAUCACUACCUCCGUGCCUAAGCGGGCCAAGAGCCAGAGGAAGAAGGCGCUGGCGGCGGCGCUGGCCACGGCGCAGGAGUACUCUGAGAUCAGCAUGGAGCAGCGGAAACUGCAGGAGGCGCUGACGAAGGCAGCGGGGAAGAAGAGCAAGCUGCCGGUGCAGCUGGACUUGGGCGACAUGCUGGCUGCCCUGGAAAGGCAACAGCAGGCAAUGAGAGCCAGACAGAUCAACAACACCAAGCCCCUGUCCUACACAGUUGGCACAACAGCUGUCUUCCACUGCAGCGACAGGGGGGGCAGCGCAUCAGCGAUGAAGAGCCCCCACUACAGCGCACCUCACAACAUCCUGGACUCCAGCGCCCCCCGCAUGAAGAGAGGGAAGGAGCGCGAGAUCCCCAAAGUGAAAAGGCCCACCGCACUGAAAAAGGUCAUUCUGAAGGAGAGAGAAGGGAAGAUGGGAAGGCCCUCAGUGGAUCAGGACGGGACAGACCUGGAGGAGCAGGGAGACGAACAGCUGCACCUCUCACAGGGCGUGUCCCAGGAGGAUAAUGGACUGAGCAUGCCCAGUGAUGCCUCCCUGUCACCAGCCAGUCAGAACUCACCGUACAGCAUCACGCCCAUCUCCCAGGGGUCACCCGCCAGCUCGGGCAUCGGCAGCCCCAUGGCCACCUCUGCCAUCACCAAGAUCCACAGCCGACGCUUCAGAGAGUACUGUAACCAGGUGCUGAAUAAGGACAUAGAUGAGAGUGUGACGCUGCUGCUGCAGGAGCUGAUGCGUUUCCAGGAGCGGGUUUACCAGAAGGACCCCAUCAAGGCCAAAGCCAAGCGCAGGCUGGUGAUGGGCCUACGGGAGGUCACCAAGCACAUGCGGCUCCACAACGUCAAAUGUGUCAUCAUCUCCCCCAACUGCGAGAAGAUCCAGGCCAAGGGUGGUCUGGAUGAGGCUCUGUACAACGUCAUCGCCAUGGCCAGAGAGCAGGAGAUCCCCUUCGUGUUUGCGCUUGGCCGUAAGGCUCUGGGUCGCUGCGUCAACAAGCUGGUGCCAGUCAGUGUGGUGGGAAUCUUCAACUACUCCGGGGCCGAGGGCCUGUUCAGCCGGCUGGUGUCGCUGACGGAGGAGGCUCGGCGGGCGUACCGGGACAUGGUGUCGGCGCUGGAGCAGGAGCAGGCCGAGGAGGCGCUGAAGACGGUGAAGAGGGUCCCGCACCACAUGGGCCACUCGCGAAACCCGUCGGCCGCCAGCGCCAUCUCCUUCUGCAGCGUCAUCUCCGAGCCCAUCUCCGAGGUCAACGAGCGGGAGUACGAGACAAACUGGAGGAACAUGGUGGAGUCGUCUGAUGGUGCGGAGGCAGAGAACGAGGGCGAAGAGUGCGACCGGCAGGACGUCACGGCAGCCUACAGCGUGCCUGGCUCCGCCCCUCCGCCCGCCCCUGUAGCACCCCCGGCUGUGAGGGCGGGGGCGGGGGCGGGGCCGGAGAGGGAGGAGGGGCGGCCCGACGACCGGCUGGAGCUGGCGUCCCAGCAGAGCACGGAGACGGGGUCCCUGGACGGGAGCUGCCGCGACCGCCGCCUGCCCCCCUCCAUCACCAGCACGGCCAGCACCCUGGUGCCCGGCAUGCUGGAGGAGGAGGAGGAGGAAGAGGAGGGGGAGGAGCCCGUCUCUGUGGAGGUGCCGUCUGUCAGCAGCAGGAUUGAGUCCUGGGUCUCUGAGACGCUGCAGAACCUGCAGGUGGGAGGGGCCCGCGACAGUGCCGAGGAAGAGGAAGAAGAGGAGGAGGAGGAGGACGACGAAGAAGAGGAAGGUGGAGAAGUGGGGCACAGUGACGAGGAAGAGCUGGACUCCUCCGAGCUGUCCGAGCCAGGGCUGGACCCAGCCGAACAGACACUGGAGGCCUAGAGUGUCCCGUGCUGACUACUUCCUGCUUUAACCCCUCUCAUCUCAGGAAUCAGCCAUUCAUAAAAACCCACCCUAUCACCAUCCAGCCUUACACAAACCACCCAGUGCACCAGCUUAACACCCCAGCCAUCACCAUAUAACUACCUACACAUCACUCCAGCACAACGUACUCUUAAAUGUAUCAACCUCCCCACACGUAGAACAGACAAACCAGCCUCCCUACACUCACAGCAUUGCUUAUACGGACCACACUUUCUACUUCUCAAUACUUUCGUGAGUCACAUGAUUUUUACAAUUAGCUGUCAUUGCUAUCUGUUUGCAUUUUCAUAGAUCCCCUCUGAUCAUGACAGGGAAUGAUUUUUGUAGUUAUCAUUGUGAAUGUAAAUGCAUAAUCAUGUGAGUUUAAGGCCUCACAAAUUCAUUAUUUGCAUGAAUAUAUAAAAUGAAUGUGUAAGCCUGACCUUCUUUGUUGAGGGAAAAAAAAACCAAUGCUCUCAUUCUGCCAUUUUAUCUACACUAUUUCAAUACACACUGCACCCAGCAGUAUUGGAGAGUGUCCACAGGGUGGUGAUAUGGAGGUGACCACAGGUUGACCUGUGUGAAUUUACAGAAUGCUAUGGUAUCAACUGUCACUGUUCACAGCAUAGCCUUGUAUGCAGUUUUUAACCUUGGGAAAUGUUUAGAAAGCAGCUUUUCAAAAACAUGUCAUUUGUGCAGUCUUUGAAGAGAAUGUAAUACAGGUCUGACAUACACACACGUUGAUUGUUAAUGUAAAUUAAAUGUACAGUUUACUGUAGUAUUCCAUUGCCUGUAAUAUUUGGCAUGUUCAGAUUAAACUGACUUGGGGGUGUGAAUGCAUACUGUGUGAUCUUGUUUAGUUCCUAGUCUUUUUUUAAUUGAUUGAUUGAAGAUAUUCUUAUUCUGGCAUUAAUACUGGGUCUCAUACUUGUGAUAUGGUGUUCUGUUUGUUAGGCCUUUGUCUGUGGUUCUGUUUACUUCUCUAAUUUUCCAUCCAAAGAUCAUUGGCCUGACUGCCCACUCCAGGAUUAUGUAACAUUCACGAUCAAUGUUACCAUUCUGUUUCUUUCUCUAGUUUCAAUGUUGUUUUCCAGUGUCUGUCACCAAUUGUUUGAAAGGGCCGGAAGGCUUCCCAAUAUGAACAAAAUGUAAAACGUGAUUUUCUUCUGUUUGCUCACUUGCAAGAAUACCGUGCAAAAAAUUUGAUUAAGUAUGUGAAUACCUGAUGCGGUGGCACCGUAGUUAUGGUAUUCCAUAUGGUCCCGACUCCAACUUUUGGCUUUGGUCUCUGAACAAACUCUUGAAAUUAUGCUCCGUCUUUACUAAUGAAAGAGGUUGUUGCAGCAUCUAUGUUCAGAGUUGCUUUAAAAACCUUUUUGGAAAAAACCCAUGUUUAUUAACAAAGAAAUGCGCAUGAGUACAAUAUCAUAUAGUGCAGAAAUGGGUCUGACUUUUUACCUGUGUUUACAGCACUCUUAUGAGGCGUUUUGGCUGCAUGAGGUCUUCCUCAAACAUAAGCCCAUUGUUUUGAUAGCAGAUUCUGCACGACUGCAUCUUUUUUGUGUGCAUUUAUCAGAUUAGCUCAUUUUGAGCUCUUACUAUUCUCCAUAUAGUUCCUUCUUAUAUUUUUUCUACAUAUUCUUGUUUUGAUGUGUUUUUAAAAUAAAUAUUCUAUUUUUUUGUGCUCAUUACCUUCUCAUGAUACAUAUUAUAAGGAGUGUGAAUGAUGGCGUCUCCUUUUGAUCAGUGCUGGUAUAUAGAGGCAAGAUCCCAGCCUCGGUUACACUCCUAUUGGCUAGGUAUCUUCCUCUGGGUAAAGUACCAAUAAUUUUUUUUUUUUUUGUGUGUUUGUAAGAUGUUCUACAUAUACCAUUAGAAAUUUGCAAAAAAUGUGCAAAUAUUUGUAUUAUCAUGAACAAUCAGCAAUAUUAUUGCCUCAUGUAACAUGGUGUUACACGGUAUAGGGUGAAAUUUUGCCCCAACCUGUGGGGAGUAGGCAGGUGUCUACUGAAUGUCCUGGGGUUAUUGCAACGUGAGGAUAAUGCAAGUAUCCCAUGUUGAGUGAGUGGUACUGUGUAUUUGUAUUUCUGCUUCGAGUAUUACUCCAGUUUCUGUGUAACAAGUAAUAAUUGCAAAUGGCAUCCUUUGCACUAUGUAAAUACCAGUAAACCUCUUGCAAGUAAUGUGAAAAGGAAUAUGGUUGUAUGAAGUAACUUUUUCAAGCACAUCACUUAUCUUUUUAAUACUGUAUAAGUUUGGCUCAGCUGUACAGCACGGCAGACUUUGUUAUUUAAUAUCUAUCUUAUAACUGUUACUCAGUUUGACUGUCCUCUUUGAUUAUUGGUAUGAUUAAAAUGUUUUAGUAAAAGGCA